UUAACCCACUACACCAACAAUGUCUAUUUUAACUGGCUUCAGGAAUGGGAGGCUCUCUUCCGUCUUCCGCAAAAUUUUUUUCUUUGGUUUCCGCGUUCCAUCUGUCGUUUUUUAAAACGCGGUAGGGCCCCUAACCCUGUAAAAUGCGGUAGGGCCUCCAUCCCGGUUGCGCAGGCAGACAAUGUUUUCUUGAAUAUCUGCUUUAAAUCUUUUUGAAAAAUUUUAGAAUUAAAAUUAUUUUUCAAAAUUUAUUUGUUGAUUUUUGAUAUGUUCUGAGUCUUUCUAAUUUUCUUUAAAAAUUAUUAAAAAUUUAUUUUUUUAUUUCAGAAUUAUUAAAAGGCCAAGACCCAAUGGAUAUUACUACAUUACCAGACAAUUUGCAUUCUCAAAGGGUUCAACCGAUGCCAAAAAAUUUGAAGGAACUUACAAUUGGAAUACCUAAAUAUGAAAGAACGGAUUUACUUUCAAAAGAUGCAGAAGAAAUAUAUCAAAAAAUAAUUAAUUUAUUAAUUUCUAAUGGUGUUGUAAUUAAACAAGUUUUACUUCCAAAUUUAGAAUAUGCUGUUAAUUGUUAUAGUGUUGUUGUGGAUGUGGAAAUUGCUUCGAAUAUGGCCAGAUUUGAUGGAAUACGUUAUGGAUAUUGUAUAAAUAAAGAACAAUUAAUUAAUGACGAUUCAUUUAUUGCUUAUAUAAAAAGAAAUCGAAGUGAAUCUUUGGGGACUGGUGUUAAAAGACGUAUAUUUGCUGGAAAUUAUUAUUCUUUAAAUGAAAAUUACAAUAAAUAUGUCAACAAAGCCGCCAAAAUUCAAAGAUUAAUUCAAAAAGAUUUUUCAACAAUUUUUAACCAAAAUAUUCACUGCAUUUUAACUCCAGUCUCGAGACAUUCAGCCCCCUUAUUUUCACAAAUUAAAAGGAGAAAUAGAGAAGAACAAAGGUUGGAAGAUUAUUUUAUGGCACCGGCUAAUCUUUGCGGUAUACCAUCAAUUGCUAUUCCCUAUUCAAAAUGUUCUAGAGGACUUCCCUUGGGUAUACAAUUAAUUGCUCCCUAUUUGGAAGAUUUACGUUUACUUAAAAUUAGUGAAAUGAUUGAAAAAUUGUUUUAAAAUCUUUAAAUUAUUUUUGUUGUUUUUAAAUUUUAGGAUUUUUUUGUUAAAAAAUUUUUUUUAAUUUAAAAGAAUUUUUAAAUCCAAAUUGACCUUUCUUUUUUUUCUUCCGAACCAUCUCCCACUACAUAAUUCCUUCGCAACCCCCGAUUUUUUCUUUUCCCCCUCUUCCCAAGGGGUAAAAAAGGACCCUUCCUCCUUCCUCUCUUAAAAAAAUUUUUUAAGGGAGGUUUUACUCC